CUGAGAGAUGACUUCCGCCAGGCCCCGAGUGACGUGGUGGUGGCCGCUGGUGAGCCCGCCGUGUUGGAGUGUGUGCCUCCCCGUGGUCACCCGGAGCCCACCGUGUCCUGGAAACGCAACAACGUCCGAGUCAGCACCAAAGAUGACCGCAUCUCUAUACAUGGGGGGACGCUGAUGAUCUCUCACACCCGGAAGAGCGAUGCUGGCAUGUAUGUUUGCGUGGUCAUGGAGGAGGAGACGGUUGACUUCCUCUGUGAGGUCCAUGGGAAUCCUGCCCCCACCCUGCGAUGGCGCCGAGAGGAAGGAGAGCUCCCCCGUGGGAGGUUUGAAAUCCGCAACGGGAACAACCUUCGUUUGUUCCGCGUCAAGGAGCAGGAUGAAGGCACGUACACGUGCACGUCUGAGAACAGUGUGGGCAAGACUGAGGCUUCAGCCAUGCUGCAGGUCCAUGUACCACCCCAGAUCGUUAGUAAGCCCCGGGACCAGAUUGCCACACAGGGGAGGAGCAUCACCUUCCAAUGUGGCACCACAGGAAACCCCCCACCUGCCAUUUUCUGGCAGAAAGAGGGCAGCCAGAUGCUGCUGUUCCCUGGUCAGCCACCGUCCCAGUCUGGUCGUUACUCUGUUUCCAUGAGCGGAGAGCUGACCAUAACUGAUGUUCACCCCGAGGACUCGGGCUUUUAUGUAUGCCAGGCCAUCAGUGUAGCAGGAAGUGUUUUGACCAAAGCACUGCUGGAGGUGGAAGGGGGCCGUAUCCCGCCAAUCAUUCAACAAGGCCCAGCCAACCAGACGGUAUCUCGUGGUGCCACGGUGCUGCUGCACUGCCGUGUGGUCGGGGGUGCAUCGGUAAAGAUUUCAUGGGAGAAGGAUGGCGAGCAGCUUCAGGGAUAUAAACUUCGACUGACCUUGAUGGAGAAUGGCACAUUGCAAAUCACGGACGUAAAGGACACGGACUCUGGGAUGUACACGUGCAUGGUAUCUAGCGCCACAGGGGAAUCGAGCUGGAGCGGGAUGUUAACUGUCAGAGAGGAUGCAGCGUCUUCAGGAUCCAAAGUUUCUGAGUUUAUCCAGCUACCAGGACCUCCACAGAAGCCCGUAGUUACCGAGGUCACCAAAAGCACCGUCACCCUCACUUGGCUGUCCAAUCCACAUGAGGGCGGAGCCGCUGUCACCUCCUACAUAAUUGAAGCCUUCAGCCAGUCAGUGGGCAGUACCUGGCAAACUGUGGCCGACCACGUCAAACAGGAGACACAUACAGUCGUUGAGCUCUUCCCAAACACGGUGUAUCUCUUCAUCGUCCGAGCAGUCAACUCUUAUGGUCUCAGUGACCCCAGUCCAAUCUCCGAGCCUGUCAGGACACAGGAUGGGAGUCCGACAGAACAGGGUGUGGACCACAGACAGGUGCAGAGAGAGCUGGGAGAGGUGUCCGUCCACCUGCAGAAGCCUGUCGUUCUGUCUCCUAACAGCGCCAGGAUCACCUGGACGGUAGCGCGUCAGUCCCGGUACAUCCAGGGCUACCGCCUAUUUUACCGAACCAUCGGCAGCACCUGGGUGGUCCAGGAUGUGGAGGCCACGUCAGACUACAGCUGCAUCUUGGCUGAUUUGCAGAGCAACACGGAGUACGAGAUCAAGAUACGGCCGUACUUCAAUGAGCUACAGGGACACGACAGCCUCAUGGUCCUGCUGCGUACCCCUGAGGAGGCUUUAAGCGCUGCUCCACAGGCUGUGUCAGUGGUUCAGCUCACCAACGGCUCCAGCAUCAGUGUCUCCUGGGAGCCGCCACCUCAUAAUAUUCAGAGUGGGAUCAUUCAAGAGUACAAGGUCUGGUGUGUGGCCAGUGACGUGGAGCAGGGGAGCCAGAUAAACCGAACUGUGGACGGAGCGGUUCUUUCCAUCCUGCUGAUGGACCUGCUGCCUGACGUCCGUUACACCGUGGUGGUGGCUGCUGUCAGCAGCCUGGGUGUGGGCGCUCAGAGCCAGCCUGUCAGCCUGCUUCUCACCCAGCUCCAGGAGGUGAAAAGCGGCGGGGACCUCAGCGUCGCGGAGCAGAUCACGAGCGUCAUCUGCCAGCCGGCCUUCAUCGCUGGGCUGGGCGUGGCGGCCUGGCUGGUCCUGAUGAGCUUCAGCGGCUGGCUCUACUGCCGCCACCGCCGGAGGAAGCAGCUGGGCCACUACACCACAUCCUUCGCUUACACGCCAGCAGUUGGCUUUGCUCACAGCGAAGGAUCAGGAAUCAUCAAUGGAGGGCCCGGGUUAUUGGGAUCAAACAUGGGCAACUACCCCUGGCUGGCAGACUCUUGGCCCACUCCGAACCUCAACCACAACAGCAAAGACUCGGUCAACUGCUGCUCAGGAAAACUGGACUCAGACAGAUUUUAUAACUCCGUAGGGAUCAUCAACUACCCGACCCAGACGGGGAAACGUAGCGCGGCAUCCAACGAGAGUCCGAUCUACAGCACCAUCAACACCACGGCCGAGGACGACCUGCUGGCCUACUACGACACCUACUCCAGCGUGUCCUUCAACCAGGGUCCAGACCCAUACAGCAGCAACCCGGUGCUCUCCAACAGUGGGCUUGUGGGUCUGGGUCUGGAGCAGGACCUGGACCGGUGGACCAUCCAGUCCUGCCAAUCGGGGUCUGAAUACGCAAAGCUCCAGUAUACAAAGAAAAGCAACGACAAACUGGUUCUUCAGGAGUCUGCAGGGUCCUUGUCUAAGUCAGCUCCUCUAACCUGGGUGGAUGUCUUAUCCCUGCCUCUUCCUACCAACAAAGACAGAGGCCAUGCAAACCCUGAAAAAGAAGAGGCGCAGCACAGCUCUGAGGAAGAAGCCGACGAUGACUGGUGUCCUCCACUGCCAGCCAGAACAUACCUGGCAGAUAUGUCCAGGGAGGAGCUUUCUGGCCAGUCGUCCAAACCGAAAGAGCUCCCCCACACAGCAACGCUCAUGACUUCCCUUCCACGCGACGCACAGAAACCUAACGACAGUCCACGCCUGCAGCACUUUGACCUGCUGGCCCGUCAGCACUCGGGCUCUCAGGUGUUCCAGUCCAGCCCCGAUGCGUUUUCCAGUACCAGGGCCAGAGAUGCCAGUGAUCUGUACAGCUCCAGCCAGUGGGCAGAUGAUUUCAGAGGGGAAAGCCUCAGCAAAGGACAAUCUCCUGCUGCAGCUGCAGAGUCAGGCCCCCCAGCGCACAGAUCUAGAAGUAAGAAGAGACCCCCCAAGGGUGGACAAAGCAGGAGAGAACUGCCCACUGAAGCAGGACUCCCGCCGCCACCGGCCCCUCCUUCCACAGAUGGCUCCCUGCAGCUCCUGGCAGAUGUUUUGGGUCACAGCCGAACAGACAGUGAAAGAAAAGAGGGGAGCGACUUGCCCACUCUUCCAAAGAGAGGGGGGCUUUUGUCCCCCCAAAGGGAAGGAUCUACAAAGUGGUUACCUCAAGAUGAGAAUGUAAGUCAGCACAGUCAAGCAAGCAUCAUGCCUAAAGACCAGAAAACAGGCUACGGGUCCCUCGGUGGAAAAGUAUUUCCACGAUCUUCUGCUGCUGGCCGGAGGAAAGAUGAGAACUUCAUCUAGACGGCAGCUGACGAUGCGAUGUGACACCUCUUUUUUCCUCCACAAGUUUUUGUCUUUGUGAAGCAUUAAUCUGUUGCCAUGGCUUCCUCUGAAAAACUGAAGACAAAAGGCAACGUGUCAAGGUUUGCCAUCUGCCUUUUCACAAGUUAUCCGUAUUCUUUUUAAUGAUUUGAUUGAUUUUAUUUUUCUGUGAUUUCCUCACCGCUUUUCUCUGUAUAUAGACAUCUUCGAUGCAUUUUUUAAAAUGUGAUCAGAUAUUGGUAAAAACUGGACCUGGAAGAGAUAAAAAAAGUAUUUUUAGGCAAAGGGAAGAAAACUUAUGUACAACAGAAUCUUGAAUGUAUCUUCUGUUUACUCUUGAUGAGGAAACCAUGAUGGCGAGUGUUUGAUAAAAGACCGAAAAAGACCGAAAUGUGUUUAUUGCCCAUAAUGUUGGUGUGCGCGUGUAUGCUUGUGCAGUGUUUGUGUGUUUUUAUCCCUCAUUUCUAUUUGGCUGUGUACUGUGGUACUACUGUAGAUCACCAGUAUGUUUUGAUUUUUAAAAAUGAACAAUAAAGCAUUU